AUGGCCAUUGGCAAAGGUUUCAAGCUCUUUCAUACCCUUUUCCUAGUGAUUUCUUGGCAGUAUUGUGCAAGAGUGGGUGCCACUUUUAGUGAUGUCACUGGUGUCGUAAAUCUCGAUCAUCAAUUUUCAUUUCGUGCCUUUGCAUCACAUGACACACAAGCACAAGAUGGAAGCAUUGCUCUAACCCCGGAGGCUGCAUUAGAUGGAAGCAUUGCUCUAACCCCGGAGGCUGCAUUAGAUGGAAGCAUUGCUCUAACCCCGGAGGCUGCAUCGGAUGGAAGCAUUGCUCUAACCCCGGAGGCUGCAUCAGAUGGAAGCAGCGUUGCUCUAACCCCGCCAGAGGCUUCAUCGGAUGGAAGCAGCGUUGCUCUAACCCCGUCGGAGGCUUCAUCGGAUGGAAGCAGCGUUGCUCUAACCCCGUCGGAGGCUUCAUCGGAUGGAAGCAGCGUUGCUCUAACCCCGUCGGAGGCUUCAUCGGAUGGAAGCAGCGUUGCUCUAACCCCGUCGGAGGCUUCAUCGGAUGGAAGCAGCGUUGCUCUAACCCCGUCGGAGGCUUCAUCGGAUGGAAGCAGCGUUGCUCUAACCCCGUCGGAGGCUUCAUCGGAUGGAAGCAGCGUUGCUCUAACCCCGUCGGAGGCUUCAUUGUAUGGAAGCAGCGUUGCUCUAACCCCGCCGGAGGCUGCAUCGGAUGGAAGCAGCGUUGCUCUAACCCCGCCGGAGGCAGCAUCGGAUGGAAGCAGCGUUGCUCUAACCCCGCCGGAGGCAGCAUCGGAUGGAAGCAGCGUUGCUCUAACCCCGCCGGAGGCAGCAUCAGAUGGAAGCAGCGUUGCUCUAACCCCGCCGGAGGCAGCAUCAUAUGGAAGCAGCGUUGCUCAAUCCCCGCCGGAGGCAGCAUCUGAUGGAAGUGCUCUCACCCAACCUGAGGCAACAUCUGCAGCAUCUGAUGAAAGCAGUGUUGCUCAAACCCCGGAGGCUUCAUUGGAUGGAAGCGGCGUUGCUCAGACCCCGGAGGCUUCAUUGGAUGGAAGCGGCGUUGCUCAGACCCCGGAGGCUUCAUUGGAUGGAAGCGGCGUUGCUCAGACCCCGGAGGCUUCAUUGGAUGGAAGCAGCGUUGCUAAAACCCCGGAGGCUUCAUUGGAUGGAAGCAGCGUUGCUCAAACCCCCAUUGCACCAAUUGGAAGCGUUGCAUCGGAUGGAAGCAGCAUUGCUCUAACCCCGGAGGCUGCAUCGGAUGGAAGCAGUAUUGCUCGAACCCCGGAGGCUGCAUCGGAUGGAAGCAGCGUUGCUCUAACCCCGUCGGAGGCAGCAUCGGAAGGAAGCAGCGUUGCUCUAACCCCGCCGGAGGCAGCAUCAGAAGGAAACAGCGUUGCUCUAACCCCGCCGGAGGCAGCAUCAGAUGGAAGCAGCGUUGCUCUAACCCCGCCGGAGGCAGCAUCGGAUGGAAGCAGCGUUGCUCUAACCCCGCUGGAGGCAGCAUCGGAUGGAAGCAGCGUUGCUCUAACCCCGCCGGAGGCAGCAUCGGAUGGAAGCAGCGUUGCUCUAACCCCGCCGGAGGCAGCAUCGGAUGGAAGCAGCGUUGCUCUAACCCCGCCGGAGGCAGCAUCAGAUGGAAGCAGCGUUGCUCUAACCCCGCCGGAGGCAGCAUCUGCAGCAUCUGAUGGAAGCAGCAUUGCUCAAACCCCGGAGGCUGCAUCGGAUGGAAGCAGCAUUGCUCUAACCCCGACCAUUGCACCAAUUGGAAGCGUUGCAGCGGAUGGAAGCAGCAUUGCUCUAACCCCGGAGGCUGCAUCGGAUGGAAGCAGCAUUGCUCAAACCCCGACCAUUGCACCAAUUGGAAGCGUUGCAUCGGAUGGAAGCAGCAUUGCUCUAACCCCGACCAUUGCACCAAUUGGAAGCGUUGCAUCGGAUGGAAGCAGCAUUGCUCUAACCCCGACCAUAGCACCAAUUGGAAGCGUUGCAUCGGAUGGAAGCAGCAUUGCUCUAACCCCGGAGGCUGCAUCGGAUGGAAGCAGCGUUGCUCAAACCCCGACCAUUGCACCAAUUGGAAGCAGUAUUGCUCUAACCCCGGAGGCUGCAUCGGUUGGAAGCAGCGUUGCUCAAACCCCGACCAUUGCACCAAUUGGAAGCGUUGCAUCAGAUGGAAGUAGUAUUGCUCUAACCCCAGAGGCUGCAUCGGAUGGAAGCAGCGUUGCUCAAACUCCGACCAUUGCACCAAUUGGAAGCGUUGCUCAAACCCCGAACAUUGCACCAAGUAGCACACAAGCUUGAGAGUAAUUGUUAAGCAUGGAUGUUUCUUUGGCUAUUUACAAAGAAAAACUUAAGCCAAACAACUAUUUUGUAGGCAAAUUCAUUAUUUCUAUAUUGUUUU